AGAGUUAACAAGAAGCCCCUUUUCUGUGAGUGCUCUCAACACAAGCGUAACUAAAACAGCUCCCAAAGGUCGGUGAUUCAUCGAAGCGAUACCAAAAACGCGGAGAUUAACAUCGUUCUUUGGCAGACCUUUUUUUCUCUUCUUUUGCCGACGCCUUCGCAACUCCGUCACCCCAAAGCGCUCUUCCUCACGAGACCAUGGCGAACCCCCAACCGGAAAAGACCUCCGACAGCGGAGAGUUCGGGUCGAAGGAGCACAGCAAGGAACGCGCGACGGAUGACGCGUCGGUGGACUCGCGGCCGGAGGACAUCCACCCCGGUACGUGGAAGCUCUUCAAGGCAUGUCCUAUCCUGCAAGAUAUCCCCGUCCUGGGUCUCGUUCUCAAGGCCUACAGCCCUCACCUCGUGAUUGCCGUCUUUGUGGAACGGCUGUGCGUGAAAGGUGUUGCGCACGGCUUCAUGCGACUCUCCGUUCAGCCCAUGUUGACGAAUCGCUAUGGAUUAUCGGGUGCCCCGUACCAACGCCUCUCUUCCCUCUACGAACUUGGAUGGUCAGUGAAUUCCUUCUUCACGGCGAUCGCCGACACGUUUGCCCUAUUCGGCUACACGAAGCGGUGGUACUCUCUCUUCUGCGCUAUCGGUUGUGGUGUUUUUGCGCUGCUCUACGCACUGCUGCCUGCGAAGGAAUCCAGCGCGAAGGCAGCCGCCGGUUUCAUGUUUUUGACCGCGCUGUUUUUGGCAAACGUGGACACUUUCGCGCAGGCCAUCUACAGUCGUCGCAUCCGUGUCAGCCCUGAGCGCGGCCCCGCUCUUGUCAGUUGGGGUUGGGGAGCUGCGAAGUUGGGUGCCAUGAUCGCUGCUGCCGUGCAAGGUCCGCUGUCCGAUCACAACGUCACGCAGGUUGGUGUUUACAUCGUUGCGGGGAUCCUGUUCAGCCUCUCCUUCCUUUUCAUCUUCAACGUUUUCGAUGAGAAGCCGAACCGUGUUGCUCGCCUCCAAGACGCCAGGGCGGACUACAUCAUCAAGAAGCGCGAGGAGCGUGAGGCGCAGCAGCUGGAGGAGCAUGCCAAGAAGCCGACCGCGCCGAAGGAGCCAGCCUUCACGGAGGGCAGGGAGGCCUCGCUUGCACCCUAUGUGUUGAAAAAUGAAGAGGAAGACGACCUGGAGGGCUUCGUGGAGCCGGAGGUGGACAGUGUUCUGUGGGGGGUCAUCGAGAUAAACAAGGAGGUCGUGACCCGCAACUGGCUCAUCAUCAUCUACUGCUGCCUGAACACGGCUGCCGUGGUCGCAACGGCCGUCGUGACGAUUCUCGGCACUCGUUGGGAUAUGAUGUGGGCGUGCGUGGCGAUGACCAUUGCCGUGUGCGGCUUUGGCUUCUUCAUGCUCCCGCUGAUUGUCGCCAAGGCCGGUACCUUCAUCUACCUGUUCAACAUUUUUUACCUCCAGCUUCCCGGCGUGCUGAACACCUUUUACGUCGCCAAGCCCAAGUGCUUGCCCGAUGGUCCGCACUUCAACUUCACCUUCUACAACCUCAUGAACGGCAUCAUCGGCAACGUGUGCAGUAUUAUCGGCAUCUCCAUCUUUGCCCACUGCUGCCAGAACUUGAGCUACCGCGCCAUCAUGGGAUCGUCGGCCAUCAUAAUUCCCCUCAUUUCAAUGUUCGACCUGAUCAUUGUGGAGCGGUGGAAUAUGUACAUCGGCAUCCCUGACCACGCCAUGUACAUCUUUGGUGAUGCGAUCAUCUUUGAACUGGUAGAUAUGCUGGUUCGCAUGCCAACUUUCUUGCUGAUGUCUCGCGUGGCGCCCCGCGGCUCGGAGGCGAUGGUGCUGGCACUGCUGGGUGGCAUUGCACACCUUGGCAAAUCCACGUCCUCUGCUAUCGGCUACCUGUUGCUGGAGACGAUCUGGCCGAUCAAGACGAAGGGCAACUGCGACUACCACAACGCGCCGUGGCUGGUGAUCGCCGGUCACAUCGGAGCGCCUCUUCUGAUUCUGCCGCUGGCCUUUUUGCUGCUGCCUUCUUCGCGUGUGUCCGCCACGCUGGAUGAGAACGGCGAUGAGGUGGAGGAGGUGAAGGUGUCGCGCAGCGACGACGACACGAGCGAGGGCUCCAGCAUCUUCCGCACUUCCUCCCACUCGAGCCACUCUUCGCACUCGUCUUCACACUCGUCGUCGCACUCGUCGUCGCACGUGUCCGCUGGUGACCCGUUCGUGGGCCGCCGCGAGCACAAUGCGAUGUAG